AUGGGUGAGCCGACUCAUCUCUGUUAUUCUAUCAUUUUUGAUAUUGUUAAUUUUUUGGUUACAGGUUGUAGAGAAACAGCGUUUAUCUAUGCUAUAACAUCAGCAGCUGUUACUCACGCUAUAGCGAGAGCUUGCAGCGAAGGCACCAUCGAUACCUGUAACUGCGACACCCACUAUAAAGGAAGACCUCAGGUUUUUGCUAAUGGCAACAACGCCGCCGCUGUUACCAAUGUUCGAGAUUUCGAAUGGGGCGGUUGUUCCGACAAUAUAGGGUUCGGAUUUGAUGUCAGUCGGGAAUUUGUGGAUACGGGAGAACGCGGCAAAUCGCUGAGGGAGAAGAUUAAUCUGCACAAUAAUGAAGCUGGGCGAUGGCACGUUCAAUCUCAAAUGAGGCAGGAAUGUAAGUGCCACGGAAUGUCUGGUUCGUGCACGGUCAAAACCUGCUGGAUGCGCCUUCCUCCGUUUAGAGUCAUCGGUGAUCUUCUUAAAGAUAGGUUCGACGGUGCUUCCCACAUCACAACUUCCAAUGGUGGCAAUGGCCGAAACAACAACAAAGGACACAGCAACAGACUGCCUAAACAUCCAAAAAUGAACGCCAUUAUGUCGAACAGCAUCCACUCCAAAAGAGAAAACAGAAGGAGGCUGCACAAGUAUAACUUCCAAUUAAAACCGUUUAAUCCAGAACACAAACCUCCGGGUACAAAAGACCUGGUAUACUACGAAAUGUCUCCUGGUUUCUGCGAGAAAAAUCCUAAGUUAGGAAUUCAAGGAACUCAUGGGAGACUUUGUAAUGACACCUCGAUGGGUGUAGAAGGGUGUGAUAUCAUGUGUUGCGGCAGAGGAUACCGCACCCAAGAAAUAGUAGUUGUAGAAAGAUGUAACUGUACUUUUCACUGGUGUUGUGAGGUUAAGUGCGAUAUUUGCCGAACGCGGAAAACAAUCCACACUUGUGUCUAA